CGCGCCUUACAGUUAUGAACUCUGCCUUUCGUUUCUUCAAAGGCUUUCCAGAUUCCCCUCACUCUCUCCAUUUCUCCAGUCCCCCACCCAUUUUCCUAUCUACAUUCCCGGAAAAUUUCCCGCCUGUAAUCUCUGCUUUCUAUGGCCAAUCUUCAUUUCUUCCUGGCACUCCUUCUCUUUCACUUUCUCUUCCAUUCUUCUUCAGCUCUUAAGGAAGGUCGAACUUGUAUUGUUAACGGAAACUGCGGCGCCGGUUUGCAUUGCGAAACCUGCUUCGCCGAUGGCAAUGUCCGCCCUCGCUGUACUCGAAUCCAACCGAUCAGUCCGAUUUCAAAGGUUAAGGAUCUUCCGUUUAAUCAUUACACAUGGUUGACAACCCACAAUUCUUUCGCGAAAUUAGGGGCGAAAUCGGCUACUGGGUCUUUGAUUCUUGCUCCCACGAAUCAACAGGACUCCAUUACUAGCCAGCUUAAUAAUGGUGUCAGAGGGUUUAUGCUUGAUAUGUAUGACUUUGAAAACGAUAUAUGGUUAUGUCACUCUUACGGAGGCCAAUGCUACAACUACACAGCUUUUCAACCUGCCAUUAAUGUUCUCAAAGAGUUCCAAGCAUUUCUUGAAGCAAACCCUUUCGAAAUUGUCACCAUCAUCAUCGAAGACUAUGUCACAUCACCCAAAGGCCUAACUAAUGUGUUUGGUGCUGCUGGUCUGAGAAAAUUCUGGUUUCCAGUAUGGAGAAUGCCCAAGAAUGGUGGUAAUUGGCCCACAGUUAGUGACAUGAUCCAGAAAAACCAACGUUUGCUCGUUUUUACUUCAAAAGCAGCAAAAGAAGCCUCCGAAGGAAUUGCAUACGUUUGGAGAUACAUUGUAGAAAACCAAUAUGGGGAUGGAGGAAUGAAAGCAGGUUCAUGCCCGAACCGAGGAGAAUCACUGCCAAUGAACACGACUUCAAGGUCGCUUGUGAUUGUAAAUUUCUUCAGAGAUGCUGCAAAUUUCCCUGAAGCUUGCAAGGACAACUCAGCUCCAUUACUCAACAUGGUGAACACCUGCCAUAAUGCGGCAGGAAAUAGAUGGCCCAACUUCAUUGCUGUUGACUUCUAUAAGAGAAGUGACGGGGGAGGAGCUGCCAAAGCCGUCGAUGUAACCAACGGUCACUCUGUUUGUGGAUGUCCAAACAUUUCAAGUUGCAAGGAAAACAUGAGAUAUGGGGCCUGUGAGUUACCUGAGGCAAUUGAUGCAACAAGAACAUCCUCAGCAGCAGCAGCAGCAGCAGCAGCAGCAGCAGGUGAUGUGCAAAGCAGCUCUGCCCAAUCAAAAUGCAGAUCAGCUCAAUUGUCUGCUUUGACCGAUACAUUACUUGCUGUUGCCGCACUCUUUCUCUUGUCACUCCAGGAAUUUCAUGUUUAGAAUAAUAGUUCAUUAGUAUCCUCAAGUAAUUUAAAGGUCGUUUUUUUUCCCUCCUAAGUGACAAAUCAUACGUAUGUUAAAAAGAACUUGGAAAAAAGUUGAAAAAAUAUGCUUGGUCUUGAAAUUAUUAAAAUUAUUUAUAUGUUCAAAAUUAUUUUUGAAUAUACUUUUCGGGACAUGUUUUAGAGUGA